AGCAGUUCAUUUGUUAUGUACCAUAUUAACUUACUUUCCAGCUUCUAUUCAUCGCUAUCAUGACAAUGCCGAAGCUGCCAUUGUGUCGAAACUUAUUUCAGGAAGCUGCAGUGUCAAUAUGAUGAAGAAACUGGCUUAUUGUCUAGCAUUACUCCCAAAAUCAAAAGGAGAUGACGAUAGCUGGUGCUUGAUGAUGCAAAAGAUCUUGUUAUUGAUAAAUGUACACCUAAAUGAUUUCUUCCAAGGUUUUGAAGAAGAAACUAAAGGUAGUGAAGCUGUUAAAGCAUUGGUUCCACCAGGAAAAGAUUCCCCACCUCCCUUAGGAGGUCAUACAUUGUUAGGCGAGGCCUUAGACAAGGCAACAAAGCAAUUGCCAAUAUCCACUAUCUCUCUGCUGAUACUAUCCUGUUGUAUGAUGCUUACAAGCCCAUAUCCUGUUCAGGUGACCGUUCCUAUUGUUCCAUUAUUAGCCCUUGUUCAUAGGGUGAUCAUGGUGGAUGGCUCUGUUCCACGUGCUUCAUUGCCCUUUAUGACUGGAAUGCAACAAGAAUUUGUUUGUUCAGAACUUCCCCUAUUGCACUUGUACAGUUUAGAGUUACUAACUGCAAUCAUUGAGGGCACACGCAGUCAACUAUUACCACAUGCUGCCUAUAUUGUACGACUCGUCAAACAGUAUUUUAAAAGAUGUGCAUUGCCAGAGUUAAGGAUAAAGCUCUACUCACUCACAAAAUCAAUGGUGGUAUCUAUGGGUGUUGGAAUGGCACUAUACCUCGGACAGGAAGUAGUCGACAAUGCAUCUGUUGAUUUGAAUCCGGUUGGUGAUGACAAUGGCUUCACAGCUUCUAUUCCAAAUCCGAAAGCUGCUUCUUUAGCAGUGAUGCAAUCUAGUCAUAGGAAAAGGAAGCACAGUUUCACUGGAUCUUUUGAGCAGCAAAAUGACAAAAUUGGUUUUGAAGUGGAAGCACUGAAAAACCGCCAACAAUCUCCGAUAGCUCUGAAGAUAGCUGCAGUUGAGGCAAUAGAAGUUCUUCUAACUGUGGGUGGUGGUUUGAGAUCAGAGUCCUGGCGACCGGCUGUGGAUUUUCUUUUGAUUUCCUUAGCAACCGAUUGUUGUAAAGAGGGGUGGGACAAUGAGGGGAAGGGUACUUCCUCUCCCAGUGGUCCAACCGUCACUUUGGCAGAUUUGCAGCUUUCAGCAUUGCGUGCACUUUUGGCAUCUCUUCUUUCCCCGUCCCGUGGACGUCCCCCAUAUUUGGCCCGGGCCUUUGAGCUUUUCCGUAGAGGAAAACAACAAGCUGGAACAAAGCUUGCUGCGUUUUGUGCCCAUGCUCUUUUAACCUUGGAGGUGCUUAUACAUCCUAGGGGCCUUCCAAUGGAACGUUUUCCUGCUUCAACUUAUAACUCCUUGGAUAAAGUUAACAACAGAUUCCCAGAAAAUGUAUACUCAGGUGGUCAGAAGCACAACACUCAGGGUCCUCCUGAUUCAGAUGAUGACGAUGACUUGUAUCACAAAUGGGUAGGUAAUGACAAUAUCGGUGAGGCCUCAGCGCUCAGCCCUAGUAAGAAAACGAAGGACAUUCCUUUUGAAACCUGGACAGGAAAUCUAUCUAUGGCUGGUUCAUCUGGCACCAAAAUUUUAGAGGGAAGCAAGGAGCAACUAGUUAUGGGGAUGAGAAGCAAUGAGGAUGAAGUAGUGGUUGAGUCACAGCAAUUUCAAGAAUCCAUUGGGCAGUUUCAGGAACAUGUCACUGAUGAUCUUGAAGGCCCCAUGUUGGGAACCAAGAGAACUGUGCCAGAUGGUGGUUUAGAUAACAAGGAACAUGAAGUAGCAUCAACUGAGGAUUUCUUGACAGAUAAGCAAGAUGGAUUAACUAACGUAGGUGGAAAAGUUGCUGGAGCAUCAUCUUCUGAUAAAGGUAAGUCAUCUGUAUUUGAUUUGGACUAUGACUCGUCCAUGGAUUCGUUUCCUGAUAUCGUAAAUGGAGAUCCUGAUUCUGAUGUGGAGGAAUUAGGAUGAAAUAUCAAUCAAUUUAUAUGACAGUCUAAAGGAGAUGUUAUCUGUAAAAGUACAGAUAUUCCAGUUUUGAGUUUUGAUAUCAUGAAGCCCUUGUCAGCAAAAGUCUAUUUAUUUAUUUUUAAAUUUAAUUUAAUUAAUUUUUUUUUUUAAAUCUUUAUAAUAUAUUGUGUCUCAUAUGUAAUUAACAUUUGAAGUG